UCACGCGCCACAAUUUCGCUACGACCAUAACAACGCCUGAAAACCGUAACAUUUAUCGAUAUCAUUGUUAGUGGAAAAUCAGAAUUUAUUUACACUGUUUUAAAUCUCCUGAAAACGUCAUCUGCGUGACAAACCCACACGACGUUUUAAACGUGAAAAUUAACAAGUCCCAUCCAAACAUCAAGAAUUCUAAUUUCAAGAUCUACAUUUUGAUCUCAAUCAUGGAAUCCUAAUACAAUCAAAGGGGCGAGAGGAUCUGUGGAGGAAUGGGGUAGAGUUUGAGAUGAGGGUUCCGGGUCCAAAAACCUCAGAUCAGGCAGAAUCCGGCUCAGGUGAGUAGACACAGACCUGAAAUUGGUUUGACCGAUUCACACUUUAGCUCUUCUUUAAUAUAGGGCCUACCGAUAAAUGGAAUCUGGUAUGUUGCUAAAGAAAUCCAUCAAGAAACAACAGUCUUCACAGGUGAGAUGCAGGAAAAUGGCCGCUCCAGGAGGAAACGUGUGCCGAAGACGUGUGACUGCUGUGGGCCUAACGGCAAACCCCACACGCCCGGACACGAGCAUGUUACGAAAAAACGUGGCCGCAAGAAGAAAGACAUGGUGAACCAAGAGGAGGUGGCUAGAGAGGAGGAGGUGAGCUCCUCUGCAAUGGAUUCCGUAAUAACAGUUGAUGGGGACACAAUGACUGCUUGUGAGAUGGAAGAAGUGCCAUUUCCCAGGAGAAAACUAGACGUAACCCAGACAGAAGUCAACAUCAUGCAUGCAGUGAAUGCGACUGCUUUCAUGGUGAACGGCAUAGACAACAGUAUUCAUACACAUAACUGUCAAGAUCCCACCAAAGAUCUCAUCUCCAGUGAGCAGGGCCAUCCAGUUAAGACAAGUGUCACGGUGGACAGCAGCGAUGUCCGGACCAGUUCGGCCACACAUAGUGACUUGAUGGCGAAACUCUCAAAUUCUUCCUUGCACGUCAACAGCUCAGAGUGGGAUGUUUCCAGUCACAGUGAUGCCAUGGAAACUGAGGCGCCCACAUUAAGUACUGAGAUAGACAAGGCUUGCUGGGACCACCAUUACUGCAAACCUCUUACUGGGGACCUCGGAAACAACUCAAUGGAGGUGAUGGGUGAACCGUUGGCACUGCCUCCUGCUGCAAUCACCACAGAGGGAAUCAUUGAGUUUAUUCAUGAAUUCCUCGAGCAGUUCUAUGAGAAAUACGGAAGCUUCACUCCAUUGAGUGACACCGACGUUCUUCAUCACCUCAAUAAGACGUUUCAAUCUGACUUGACCGACAGGAUGAAGCUGAUAAUAGCAGAAGUGGCCAAGUACAAAGCUGGUCUUGCCUGUGCUCCUAUGCAUUACUUCCAAGUGACCUACAACAAGCACACUUUGACCUUAGAUGACCUUUUAACACUUGACGACCAAAACUGGGUCAAUGAUCAGGUGAUUAACAUGUAUGGAGAACUGAUCAUGGAAGCUACAAACCACAAGGUUCAUUUCUUCAAUAGUUUCUUUUAUCGACAGUUUGCAGCUAAAGGGUAUGAAGGAGUGAGGCGAUGGACUAAAAAGGUUGAUCUAUUCUCUAAGAGAUUGAUUCUGAUUCCUCUUCACCUGGAGAUUCACUGGUCGCUCAUAACUGUGGACGUCUUCAAGCAAAACAUAAAUUUCUAUGACUCCCAGGGCAUCUUGUUCAAGUUUGCUGUGGAUAACAUCCUAAAAUACAUUGUUGCAGAGGCAAAAGAGAAGAAACAACUGGUAUUUCAAAAAGGCUGGAAGAUUGCUGUCAACAAGCCCAUUCCACAGCAGAAGAACGACAAUGACUGUGGAGUUUUUGUCUUGGAGUACUGUAAGUGCCUGGCGUUCAAUAAGCCAUUGCUGUUCACUCAAGAGGACAUGCCUCAAGUCCGCAAGAGGAUCUACAGAGAACUUUGUAACUGUAGGUUAUCUGACAGUUUAAACUCAGACAAACCAACAUAGAUGUACUCCUAGUGUCUGGAAGGGAUUGAACUUCAUGGACAGACCAAGACAAACCAACAUAGAUAUACUCCUAGUGUCUGGAAGGGAUUGAACUUCAUGGACAGACCAAGAAAUCCUAAAUAUGGAUCAGGCAUGGCUGGAGCUUCCUAAAUCUGUCCAAACAUUCCUGUUCGUCCAGCCACUGAAUACGUUUCAUCAGGUUGCGUUUACCUCUUCGCUAGACAUUGGUGGUUCAAUUAUGCCUUUUUUUGACAAUUUCAACCUUGUUUUUACAAGGACGCUGUAACAACUUCUCAGAGAUGGUGCAGAAACAAACAAGAAAAUUGACCAGUUUACUGGCAAUCAGAAAGAUUCAAAACCAUACAGUUGUGUGCAUUUUUGUUUUUUAUCUGACAACUCAUUUUAAUUUAAAAAACAUAUUGCCGUUCAUCUUUGCAGCCUAUAACGCCAUCACAAAGCCCAUGCAUUUCUAUGAGGUUGCAUUUGGUUAAGAAUGCAGUUUUUGCUUUGCAUUAUGAAAAUGACUUUCAUUGUUUUUAAAUAUCACAUCAUUGUUGUUGAGGUACAUGAUGUGUUUAUAAAAGGCUUUUAUAUGAAUGUUCGGUUAAACAUGGAGAAUCUUAACAGUCCAGUCAUCUUUAACUUACAAGUUAAAAGCAAGGUUUAGUGGCGAUAGGCACGUUUAUUUAUAUAGCAUAUUUCAUACAAAGUGGUAAUUCAAAGUGCUUUACAUGGAAAUGAUAAAGAAAAUAAGACUAAAAUGUAAGACAUAAGAAUUUAAAACUAAGUUCGAGAUGCCCCUUCAGUGGAAAAGCAGAACAGGUACCCCAGGCAGGGUUCCAAAGUUCGAUCUCCCAGUGAUAUUGAAGCGACCACCCCCAUAAACUUUAAUAACCACCUUUCCGAGGUCCUAAGCAUGUCCUGUACCAGGAUGCUGUUAACAGUUUCCCUUUAAAUUGAACUAUUUUAUGAAAGAGCCACGGGGUUGAUGUCAAGCUGUUUGUUCUCAACUGUUUUUGCUUGGACGUUCUUUAUAGAAUUACUCUUGACACUUUCUUAAGUGUUUCAGAAACGCAAGUCUGUAGUUUUGUCAUUUACUGAUGUUUGAUCAGUUAAUGGGCACAAUGAGCUUGUUGCAGUUUAUGCCUUUUAUUUAGAUUUUAAUUGAUGAAGGCUGCUCUGAAGAAAUCAUGUAAAGUGACUGUUAUCAUCAGUUCAAGGGGUAGGUCAACCAAAAAAUAAAGUUCUCUCAUCAUUUACUCUACUUACGUUGUUCCAAACCUGUAUGACUUACUGUGAAUGGUGACUGGGGCUAGUAUUCGGCUUAUAAUCGACUUUUUAAGUAAUUUGGUUUUGGAACAACAAUAAGGGGAAGUAAAUAACGACAGGAUUUUAAUUGUUGAGUGAAAUACUACUUUAAGACAUACUGAGACUAGGCAAAAUGUAUGAAGCAAGUGUUUGUGAUGUAUGACAGUAAUCAUGAUUGGGGCCUACUGUUCUGUUAAGUUUUUGACAUUGUGAAAUUGCAGCUUGGUACAAACAUAUUUAGGACAGUACAAUUAUCCUUGUCAGAGACCAAUCAUUUCAGGAGUCACAGAGAGUUGUACUGAUACUCUCAUUUUUGUUACUUGAAAUCUACCAACGGAUCAUAACCUCAGAUAGUGAUAUGACUGAGUUCCUGACUACUAGUUCAUCAUUAUUUAAAAACACAUAAAACCAUGUUGAAUAACCAGUACCAUGUCUGCUGUGUGCUUGCAAACACAUUGUGCACUUUCCACGAACAGGCUAUAAAACAGGGCUCAAAUUUGUUGUUCUUUAACCUAAGUAUACCUGAUCAGUGUAAAGGGGUUUAACCUUCAGAAAAUGUUGCUCAUCCACCUUUUGAGGUCAAACUAAACAUGUGCUGUUGUAUUUUAAAUUCAUGGGAAAUAAGUUUGACAAUUACUCCACUGAUACUUUGUCCCCUUGUAAGUGAUAGCUUAAUAUAGUCUAAAUGUGCAGCCCUGUUAUUUGCAAUCCUAAUAACCAUUCUGGCAAAGUGGCUUUUGUAUUCAACUUUGAACAUAAGAUUUCAUUGUGUAUUUUCAUUUUUGGGUGAACUCUCUUAACAUUUACUCACCCUCAUGCCAUCCCAGAUGUUUGUGACUUUCUUCAGUAGAACACAAAGACUUUUAGAAAAAUAUCUCAGCUCUGUCAGCCCAUACAAUGCAAUUGAGUGGUGAUCAGACCUUUGUAGCUCCAAAAUUACAUAAAGGCAAACUAGAAGAAAUGCACAUGGCUCCAGUGUUUAAAUCCAUACCUUCAGAAGUGAUAUUAUAGGUGUGGGUGAGAAACAGAAUGCAAUUUUUUUACUCAAAAUCUUCACUUUCCUUUUCAGAUGUGAAAGCAAAACUAAACAGCCACCACAUAUUACUUUCAGUUGUAUAAGUGAAAGUGGAGAUUUAAAGUAAAAAUUUAAAUUUGGAUCUGCUUCUGAAGAAUUUAAACACUGGAGUCUGGUGGAUACUUUUUCACAACAGCACCAUAUUAAAUUUUUGAUGGGAAUGAAAACAAGGCUGAGAGGGUCUAUACUAACUUAAUGACAUGCGCUGUAUAAAGCUCCUACAUCAUAUGUCAUUUUUAACAACUCCUUAAUUUCCCAUGUUUUCUGUAGAUUAAUGUCUACUGAAAUUUCUUGGAAAGAUGUUUUUUUUUUUCAUCAGUGGAAUGACUCCAAACCCUUUAAACA